GGGGGUUCCGGUACCGGUGGAGCUGCAUCACUGCGGUUCCCCCCCCGACUCUCCCCGCCGCCCCCGCCCGGCGCACGGCGCGUCACGGCGGGGCCGAACGGCGGCGGUGGCAUCUCCGUUCCGCUCCGUUCCGUUCCGUUCCGUCCCCGCCAUGGCGGCCCCGCGCCCCCCCGCUCUGUUCGCUGUCGGCCUCGCUCUCACCGCCGCCACCGUCACCGCCGCCGCCGGGGGGGAUCCGUUCUCGGCUCAGCUCGGGGACACCGGCCCCUGUCAGCGGCAGUGCGGCCGCAGAGUGCAGCCCCGGGCGGCGGACGCCGUGCUCAGCGCCUGUCACCGCGGCUGUCGGCUGUUUUCCAUCUGUCACUUCGUGGAUGCGAGUGCGGGGCUGAACACCACCAGGGCUGAAUGCGAGGCAGCCUGCACCGAGGCCUACGUUGGAGAGGAGGAGCAGUGGGGCUGCAGAACCGGGUGUCGUGAGCAGCUGCCCCAUGUGCAGAGGAGGGAGCAGAGCUCGGAGGUGAAGGCGCCGUCGUUCUCGGUGCUGGAUUUGGUCUCUUCUUUCUGCACCGACAUCGUCAGCUCCGCUCACAGCUUCAUCUCCUCCACGUGGACCUUCUACCUGCAGGCGGAUGAUGGGAAGGUGGUGGUGUUCCAGUCGCAGCCCCACAUGGAUUUCCCACUGCCCGAAGCUCAGAUGACCCAACCUGAAUGGCUGGGACCAGGGGCUGAUGCCCACUCCCCCCAACCACACACAGGCCCCCAGCAGAAGGAAGAGAUUCCCCCCUCCAGGAAGGAUCCAUGGGGCAAAACCAAACCUGCGGAUGCACCACAACCAGAGCACGACUUCCUGGGCUGCAUGGCCAAGCGCUCAGGGCUCCCCCGCUGGAUCCUGGCUGCCUGCCUCUUCCUCUCCAUCGUGGUGAUGCUGUGGCUGAGCUGUGCCAGCCUGGUGACCGCCCCCGAGCAGCACAUCAGGACUCAGCCUCUGAGCAUCAAUGGGGACAGGGAAUGCCUGGAGGGCCCGCGUGGCCCCAGCGCCUUCCCACUGCCACCCGUCAUCGCCGUCACUCUGUGCCCCACACAUGGUGAGGAUGUGGGGCCGCUGCCACUCAAGGUGGACCUGGACAAGACCAUCCUGUAGUUCUCCACCUCUUCCCAUCACCUCCCAUCACUUCACUGCCAUUGUCCCCAUGUUGGUGCCCCCGGCCCCCACUCUGGCCUCAUCCCCCUGUCUCCAUCGGCUGCAUCCUGCAGCUUUCCCCCACUGCCAGCACUGCUGCACUCCCGCUGCCCACAGCCCAGCAACCACUGCCAGCAUGGAGGGGGGGGGCACAGCCCUGGGCCCCUCUAUGGGCACAGCUCCAGUGGGACAGAGGCAGCGUCCAGGGGGGGCUUUGGCUCAGCACAGCCCGACCCCCAUCCUGGGCUGAGCCCCCACGGCGCCGGCCUCAGCCCUGGGAACUCCCUUCCGCCGAUGUCCUCGCGGGAGCCGGAACGUGGCCAAUGGAUUUGGUGUUGGCAGCCAAAGCGCAGAGAGCAGCGGAUCCGCCGCCCCCGUGCCCAUGUGAGCACCCGGCCGGGCCCUGGCGGGGGCUGCGGGGCAGUAUGGGGUGGUUCUGUGCUCUCCCCUCUCCAUGACACCAGUGCGGGGCUCUGGGAGGUGACAGUGGCAUUUCCCAUCCUCUUGUUCCUGGGAUGACCCAUCUCCAACAUCUCCACAUCAUUCCACGGAGCAGGACCAGGUGGCACCGACUUUGUGUCCCCAUAAGGGACAAGGGCCGGUGUCCAGGGGGCCCCAUUGUGAAGCCCCCCCCAACCUCUCCCCAUAGCAGUGCUGGGGGCACACGGGGCCAUCUCCAUCUCCCCAUCUCCAUCACUUUGUGCAUUGUUCUGUGUUUGAUUUGCACUGCCAUGCAGGCCCAGGCACCCAGUGGUGGCACCCCAACCCCCCACCUCCCCCUAACAUGUAUGUACAGAGUAACUUAUUGCCUGUGCCCCCCUCCCCCAUCAGUCCCUACACUUGACCCAUGUCAGGGGGCAGCGAUGUGUGUCGUUGUGGGGUGAGGGGGCAUCCCUGGGGGUGUCCCCCAGCCCCACCAAUUUAGUGCUGCUCUAUAUCACAGUGCAACGUAUCUGGGUUGGGGGGGGGUGCUGUGGGUGGGGGUCUCGUGUCCAUAAUUGGGGUGCACUUCUUGGUGUUGCUUUCUGGCAGCUCAGCUCGGUGUUGGUGCAGUCCAUGUUGUCCCAGCCCCCCUCAUUUGCAGAGUCCUGGGGGUACAAACCCCUCCGGGCAUUUCCCCCCCCCCCACACACACUGAGAUGGGUGCAGGGAGUGAACCCGGCCCCACACUGCAAACAGAGCAGGAGAAAUAAAAGGUUUGUACCAGG